UGUUUUGUUGUCAUAGUAUUGGCUGUGCUGUCAUUUGGAGGGAUGGUGGCCAUGUAGCAGCUCACCCAUCGUUUAAUUUGCCACCACAUUAUUCCCAUUGGCCGCAGUAGCAGCUAAAACGCGUGAGGCUGUGCCGGUUCGACCUGAGGCACAUUUCCAUAGUAGCUUUUCAGCAUUGCCAACCCACGGAUUUCCAGUCUCUUGGUUGUUGAAAAUAGCUUGGCUGCUCCCUGCCGUUAUGGCUAAUUCCUUAGGAACCGGUGGAUCCAGUUUGAUCCAUCCCUCUCUUUCUUUCCUUUACCAACUUGUUGAGUCCCCCCCUGUCUUCCUACCGAAAAAGUGCACCGUGUACGGCUCAGCUACUAGCUCUGUGACUUCUGGUGAAAUGUCGCAAGUUCGAAUCAAGUGCGCGUAGGCUCGAUGGGACGGUGUCGGGGUCGUUUCUAAAGUGGAAAACUCGACGGGACACGCGCAGAAGAGGCUUUGACACAGCAACAGACACCUGGAGGUGGAGACAACUUAUCACCCCCUCCCUCCGUGCUUGACUGAAAUUACCAACACGUUUUGCACAGGGGAGACGCUUGAAGCACUCCCAAAGCACUUGAAAUGGAGGCUCCCGAUGGCUACUGUGCUAGUAACGGCCAAUGCUCUCCCGGUGAGGAGAACUCGAGAAUGUUGGCGGAUAUGUCAACACCUAAUGGACAGACAGUUCCUCAGGGUCCUAAUUCCAGUGAACUGACAAUUAAGCAAGAGGAAGAAACAGCGGAGGAGGCUGACAACAGAAGCCCAGCACUUGAAGAAAUAGGCCAAACAGGGGAGGAAGAAGUAGCAUUGGAGGAAUCCAUGACUGGCUGCCCAAACAAUGUACAGGAUGGUUUAUCUGGACCAAAUUUGACAGCUGAUGCAGGAAGUCGACAACCAAACGGUGAUCGGCCGUUCCAGUGCAACCAGUGUGGUGUCUCGUUCACCCAGAAGGGAAACCUUCUGCGACACAUCAAGCUGCACACUGGUGAAAAACCCUUCAAAUGUCCCUUCUGCAGCUACGCCUGCCGGCGGCGCGAUGCCCUCACCGGUCAUUUGCGCACUCAUGCUGUUGGCAAACCACACAAGUGUAACUACUGUGGUCGGAGCUACAAACAGCGAACUUCUCUAGAGGAACACAAAGAACGCUGCCACAGUUACCUGCAGGGUAUCGGCUUGGAUCCGACCAGCAACACUGGCCCUUACACAGGUGAGGUUCCUGCAGAGCCGAGGCCAAUGGCAGAGGCCAACACCAUGGCUACGUUUGAUCGGCCGCCCGUUAUUGAGAGGCUGCACAACAACGUGGGCAAAAGAAAGAGCACCACGCCCCAGAAAUUUGUGGGUGAAAAGAUGUUACGCUACAACUAUCCUGACAUAGGCUAUGAGAUGGGCCUUAAGUAUGAGAAGCAGGCUGAACUGAUGCCGGCCCACAUGAUGGACCAGGCCAUCAGCAAUGCCAUCACAUACCUGGGAUCGGACACCCUUCGGCCCAUGCUCCACCAUCCAGGUCCCCCUCUCUCCAUGGCCGAGGUGGUGCCCAUGGUCAACCCCCUCUACCACCAUGUCCUGCCAAUGGGCCAACGAACAGAGCGUCCAGGAAAUGGGGACACGCUGCCACCUCAGCCUCAUGACUUCCCCAACCAUCCCACCACAAAUGGCCCCACUGCUUUAACCAGGCAUGGCAAGCCACCCCAGAAAGGUCAUGAGGAAUCUCCCACCAACAGUGGAGUUGACUCGGCUGACUCAGCUCGCAGCAGCCCUCAAGAAAGGCAGGGCUACCAUGGGAGCAACCCCCCUCCCGGCCUCAGGUCUCGAGCCAGUCCAGCAGUGGUCUACUCAGGUGAACGGGUAACAGAAGCUUCGCCCAGAAGUGGGGCAGGAAUGGGGACUGGGAUAAUGCGAGUGACCACAGAGAGGCCUGUGACCCAGGAAGGGGUGCGUGUGUUCGGACGAGAGGGCCAGGAGUUGCGGGCCUUCCAAUGUGAGCACUGUCGGGUGCUCUUUCUGGACCAUGUCAUGUACACCAUCCACAUGGGUUGCCACGGAUACAGAGAUCCACUGGAGUGCAACAUUUGUGGUCACCGCAGCAAAGACCGCUAUGAGUUCUCCUCUCACAUAGUCCGUGGUGAACACACCUUCCAUUAGGAGGAUGGGUAGGAAUUAAGGGAAGAAGAAGAAGGGAAAAGGAGCAAUAGUCUGAUAUCCGUCCUUAUCCCCAGACCUUUGAGACUGCACAGUUGAAUGGCACUGUAGACAAGUGUAGCACAAUCAUAGCAUAGACUCCUUUUUAAGCUACUUAUUGUGAACAGUUGAACAAUCAUAUGAAGGUAUGGGCCAAAGACACAUUUUCUACAUAAUUAAGAUUAAUGUAGAGGAAGGAAGGUAAGUGUUUUUUUGUUUUUUUUUUCUCUCAAAAUGUUCAUGAAUUGUGUAAAAGAGCAGCUGUCAGACGACUUUGACUAGUUUUUCAUUUUAGUCUCCUUUUGCGCUUGUCCUGUCAUCAUGCUUUUGUUCCAGAAAAAUGUAUUCACUCUUGAAUACAGUGUUGAAAUAUUAGAACAUGUUUCUGUCUCGUGGGCUCAAUGCACUGGAUCAAAUAAAAAAAAAAGUAAAAAAAAAAAAGUCACGAUUAACACUGGUCAUCAGUGGAAAAGACUUCAGGUCACCUUUAAUUAAAUUAAAAAAAAUACAUACUGCUAUUUAUGGAUUCUUUCAUGGGCAUAGGUCAUCUGGCUGUGUGUUCUAGCUGCAAGCAACUUGGUGUCCAUUUGAGCUUGAUUGACAGUAGUAAUUUGAACAGUUGUGCUAUCAUCUUCAUGAUUUUGUCCUUUAGUAUUGCCUUGUAUAACUGCAUAUUUUUUAAUUACUUGGCAAACAUAGAUAAUUACCAAGAUUAUAGUCAUUCAAAAUAAACUAUUAGAAAUCGCAUUAGACUUUCCCAUUGCAAUAAUCGAUAGCCUACAACAACAAAUACAUAUAUAUAUAUAUAUAUAUAUAUAUAUAUAUAUAUAAGUUAUGGGAACUUGGAACCUUUGAAUGUAAUCUAGAAAGAGAAGUGGUAAUACAAGUUGCAAAUUAAUGUGUGAGUAAACACAAAUAAAAGCUAGAUCCACAGAUCUAUACCACAGUUUGUACAGAAAUUAUGUUAAUCAUAAAUGCAUCAUAUCCACAAGUAUAUACUAACAAAUAAAUGUUACAUUUAUACAUUGCAUUUAAAAUAGUUCUUCUUUAUAUUAAAGGUCCAGUGUGUGACAUUAAGGAGGAUCUAUAGUCAGAAAUUGAAUAUAAUAUACGUAGCUAUGUUUAUAGUAGUGUAUAAUCACCUGAAUAUAGGAAUUGUUGUGUUUUUGUUCCCUUAGAAUGAACCGUUUUUAUGUACAGACACCGCGGGUCGCCUUCCAUGGAGUAGAGGGUGAGGCGAGGGAGGUGCAAUUUGCAAGUACGCCGCUAGAUACCACUAAAUCCUACACACUGGACUUUUAAUACUUAAUUCGUGAAGUGGGUCAAGUUGAAAUGGCUACAUAGCUGGCUGAUAAAAACACUGACUGAAAACACUGACUCAUACACCGUAUUUUAGAACAUUUAUAAGGAAAAGCAAUUUCACAUUUUUAGUUUUAGUUUUACACCACAAAUGAAACCCAUCCACAUGCAGAUUUUAUCAUUUGUAAAUCAAUUAAAAGAAGAAGAAAAAAAAUCUAAUUAUAAAAUAAAAUGAUAAAAUAACAUGCUCUUCUGAUAUACAUUCAAAAAUCUUUUUUGUUUCUAUCUCAUGAAACUGCAUUGCUGCUUUUAUUGGGACUCUGCAGUAAUCAGCCCUUUAUUCAGUUUGCCUUAGAACUACUGAUCAUGAAGCAAAAUCACAAUAAAAGGAAAGCAAGGAAGUACACAAAGUGUAACUUAAUGGUUCCUUUCAGCCCUAUGAACUUAGUUCGUGGCAAUCUUUUUAUUCUAUGCUGCCAAGGUAAUGCAUUAGCCACACAAAUAACUGGCCAUUCAUUUGUUGCCCUGGUUUCUCAUAUAGAAAAAUGAUUAGGUCCUGCUGGCUCAUAGGUUGUGUUGCUUGCAGUUUGAGCACAUAGAUUCCUAAACUUUGUUAUAGUUUGUUUGAAAAUAGCAGACGUACACAUUGCCAACAUAACAUGGCAUAGGUUGGUAACUGUUUUUUUUUUGUUGGUAACAUUCACCUACCUGGCUGGAGUAUGAUGCUUUAUUGCAAUCAAUACCAAAGGGUUAAAGGAGCCUAAGUAUGUGGUAAUGCUCUUCUUUUAUGUACCUCACUUUAUUCUAUAGGCCCAACUUUUUUUUUGAUCAAAUCCACUUUGUGAUUUAGGCUGGAUGGCUGUUUGUGUAUAUAGUAUAAGUUGUGUGCUUUUCUCCAGUGCUUUUGGUAUGGGGUCAGGUGGGGUCUGCAUUAUAGGUGCUGUUUUCUAGCUUAGCUACAUGUCUGGUUUCAAUGCCAUCUUUCAUCCUGUUUGAAUGUCAUGGCAAAUACAGGGAAACGUGCAAAAAGCUCUUUCUGAGGUACUUUGUCCUUGACAUCUUUAAAUGUUACGUAGUGCAGACACCAAUUUACUGCAUUAUGGGAAUAGAGGGGAUUCUUAAUGUUUAUGGUGGGCAUUUGUCAUGUUUAUUUCAUACUGUAGUAUUAUCAACCCUGUCUUUUUUGAAUCAGCCUCCUCAUUCUCUGAUCCUCACCAACACCAUCUCAAGCACACACACUAAUGUCUUUCACACUCCCUCUCUCUCUGAAUCUUGCCCGUUGCAUUCCCAUGUCAGCACAUUCAUCUAUGACCUUGUAAAGAGGGGAUGGAGAAUGAGACAGCUUGAGCAAGGGGAAAAGUGACAGGAGUGUGGUUACCACAUAGUACUACUCUGAAGGCACUUCACCACAGCAUUCCAAGUCAGCUCUGUAAACCUCUAACAUUACAAGUUCAUGUAUGCAAAAUGUAAAUGGCGUGAAGGAGAUAGCCACUUUCCAAAUCUCUUGUCCAUCACCUACUGUACAUUGAAGAAUAACAGACUUUGAUCAAUGAGGUUAGUUGCAGCUCUUUCAAAGUGACUGUCUUUCCCUCUGAAAGGACUCAGAUAAGACUGUGCUUUGUGCAGUUGGCCAUGCACUUUAUGUCCAUGCCCUCACUAUAGGGAGCAUUGUUUUUUUUUUCUUGUUUUAUUGAAGUGUAGAUAGAGUGGAAAACAAUCAUUGACAUAGGUAUUUUCGCUGAAAGAACAAUCUUGGAGAUACACAUUGGAAAAGUAAGACUUGAUACAGGUUUUGCUAUCCUGUCUGAACAUGUUCGUUUUAUUGUAAUAGUACUUACAAGAAGUUUGGCAUUACUAGUCUUCACACAGUCAACAGUUGAUUAUUCUCUAAGGUUAAACUCAGUGAUUUACUCUUCUAUGUUCGGUGUCUACUUGUGAUCAAAAGGCAGCUUUUUCUCUGUUUACACGUUGCUUCUCUUAUGCGCCACUGGUGCCCAACUAGCAUAAAAACUUACUGUCUGUAAAGUAUUGGUACUGGAAAUUGUUUACACCUCGCAGCUGUGAUAUUGACUCUCUACAUUCCUCUAUUAUAUUAUUCCUGUAUAUACUCAUUUACUGAAGCCUUAUCUGUUAAGACAGGAGUCCUUCUAAAACAACAUAUCUUUUUAAUGAUCUUAUGAUUAAAUAUAAGUUAAUCCCACCCUGAUUUUUAUUUCUUAAUUUCCUCUAGAAUGAAUACAAAUAGUAUAGAUAGGCCAGAGCUACAUUAAAUUAAACUGGGCAUAAUAUAUGGCAGGAUUUUCAAAUUAAUUGUUAUUUCCUUAGUUUUCAUUUGUUCUCCAGUUUACAGACAUAUUUUUAUCUUGUUCUCAUAGUAAUGUUAUAAUAAGGACAGCCUUACUUGUACACAAAUUCUUCAAAUGAAGCAGCCAUAUGAACAAAAAAAUAAGAAAAAAUGGUCUUCUGUCAGCCCUCCUUGUGAGUGAGGAGUUUACUUGAAAAGCAAAAUCAUUGCUAUUGAUUCAGAUUUCGGGAAUGUUUUUUGUAAAUUUUGAAAAUGCGUGUGCUAAAUGUCUAUUUUUCUGCUGAAAUGUUAAUGCAACUAGUUUUGUGAACUUUUGUGUGUUUUUUAAGUUUAAAAAUGUUUACAAAAAUGUAAAAGACUGGGUUCAGGUGAAUUGUAUUUUUUAAGAAAUAAUAUAUGAAAGGUGUAUAUUUUGGCACUGAAUAUUGAAAUUAUCCUGAAAUUUGUGCCGAUUGAUCAUCUCUGACAUUGAUAACAACUUUCUGAUGUGAGGGCUCUCAGGUAUUUGCAUAGGUUGUGUAUUUUUGCGUCCUAAAAUAUGUGAUUUAUUUAUCAAAAAAGUAAUUUCUCAUGACUUUAAUCAGUCCAACACUGAAUGUGGUAAAGGAAGUUGGAGGAUUGUUCAGCCCUGUUUUUGACAUCAGUGACAUUACAUGAAGACACACUGCUGUGAAGAAUACAAUGUAUAUUUUUAAGGCAUGGGUUUCUCUCUAUUAAAGAAAUGAUUUUGUCUCCUUGGCUGUUUUGUGAACUUUGAAACAGGAAGUCAGACAUAUUGUUAUAUACUUUUCUUCAAAACAUGCAAACUGUAUCUUACAUGCAAUUAAAAGAUUUUAUUGUGAGAACAAAA